UGUAGUAUGGUUGAGGCUGUGUGUGCAUGUCUCUCGGUCCAGAUGCUGAAGGGUGAUUUCUCUUCUCUGUGACUCACAGUGUUGUGGAUUUGACAUGAUCGUCUUGUUUGAAGGUUGGCAUGCUGGCAGGUGGAGACGCAUUAGGUUUCAUCCUGUGUGUCAAACAAGCCUGCGGAGCUCCUGACCAGUGUCACGGCUGUUUUUUCUCCUCUGGAAGCUCCAGUUACAGUCGAAUGGGAUUAUGUCAAAGCUCUCCUGCAUGGGUGCCCUCAGAUACGCCUGAGUACAGACAGAUUUUGCUGCCGAGUGGCGACAGGGACGGUUCCUGACACAGUAUCACCCUCUUGAGUUAGACUGCUUCACAGAGUAAUGGAGCGGAUCACCAUGUAGACAGCAGCCGACGGGAAGCAGGUAGAAUGGGAUACCACGUAUGGAGAGCCGCCGGUCUGCAGCCGUGGUGAGCGCAGACGUCCUCAGGACCUCAGCCGGGAUCAACUGCAGACAGCGGACAGGAUCUGUUUUUUUUUUCUUCAUCCUCCCUCUCUUACCUUCUAUUCUCUCCUGCAUUGCUCUUGUUUGUUUUUAGACACCUGUUUUCCAGCCACACCAGGGACUCCUUCUCUGCCCGUGUGGCAUUUUCUCCAUUUCUCUCAUCUGCUUUCAAGAAAAGCUACCAAGCAAUACUCAGCCACCAUGGGGGACAUGACAAAUAGCGAUUUUUACACCAAGAACCAAAGAAAUGACAGCAACCAUGAUGGGGGAUUUGGAUGCUCGCUCAUGGACCUGCGUUCCCUCAUGGAGCUCAGAGGAACGGAGGCAGUGGUCAAAAUUCAGGAGGACUAUGGAGGUGUCGAGGGACUGUGCCAGAGGCUGAAAACCUCGCCGACAGAGGGUUUGGAUGGAGAUGCCACAGAUCUAGAUAAAAGAAAAGAAGUCUUCGGGCAAAAUCUUAUACCUCCAAAGAAGCCAAAAAACUUUUUUUUACAGUUAGUGUGGGAAGCAUUACAAGAUGUGACCCUCAUUAUCCUGGAGAUUGCAGCGCUGAUCUCUCUGGGACUGUCCUUUUAUCAGCCGCCUGGAGAGAGCAACGAGGCCUGUGGGACAUUGAGUGCGGGUGCGGAGGACGAGGGGGAAGCGGAGGCCGGUUGGAUCGAGGGGGCAGCUAUCUUACUCUCAGUGGUCUGUGUUGUUCUGGUCACGGCCUUCAAUGACUGGAGCAAAGAGAAACAGUUCAGGGGUUUACAGAGCCGCAUCGAACAGGAACAGAAAUUCCAGGUGGUGCGUGGAGGGCAGGUCAUCCAACUUCCUGUGUCAGAUAUUGUCACUGGCGAUAUUGCACAAGUCAAGUAUGGUGACCUGCUUCCAGCUGAUGGGGUCUUGAUACAAGGCAAUGAUCUGAAGAUUGAUGAGAGUUCUCUGACAGGGGAAUCCGACCAUGUGCGCAAAUCUGCAGACAAAGACCCCAUGCUUCUCUCUGGCACCCAUGUGAUGGAGGGCUCGGGUCGAAUGUUGGUCACAGCUGUCGGAGUGAACUCUCAGACCGGGAUCAUCUUCACCUUGCUCGGUGCUGGAGGAGAGGAGGAAGAGAAAAAAGAGAAGAAAGGUCAGGCUCUGGAGGAUGGCCUUCAGCUGGCAGACUGCUCCCAUCUCUCUUCACACCCCAUCGCAACUAUAGCUACCGAUGGUGCAGCAAGCGCAAAUGCCCCUGGUAAUACCAGCCUAGUCAAUGGUAAAAUGCAGGAUGGAAAUAUGGAGAACAACCAGACCAAAGUGAAGAAGCAGGAUGGUGCUGCAGCAAUGGAGAUGCAGCCCUUGAAGAGCGCAGAGGGCGGAGAAACAGAUGACAAAGAGAAGAAGAAAGCCAAUGUCUCCAAGAAAGAGAAAUCCGUUCUGCAAGGAAAACUGACAAAGCUGGCUGUACAAAUCGGCAAAGCAGGUUUGGUGAUGUCUGCCAUUACAGUCAUCAUCCUGGUGCUUUACUUUGCAAUCGAUAACUUUGUCCUUCAGAAGAAGCCAUGGCUGCCGGAGUGUACACCGAUCUACAUUCAGUAUUUUGUCAAAUUCUUCAUCAUUGGUGUUACAGUGCUGGUGGUGGCUGUUCCUGAAGGCCUUCCGCUGGCUGUUACCAUCUCUCUGGCCUACUCGGUGAAGAAAAUGAUGAAGGAUAACAAUUUGGUACGCCAUCUGGAUGCUUGCGAGACCAUGGGCAAUGCCACAGCUAUCUGCUCAGACAAGACUGGCACACUGACCACCAACCGAAUGACAGCAGUGCAGUGUUAUGUGGGCGAUGUCCAUUACAAGGAGAUUCCAGACCCCAGCUCCAUCCCACCCAAAACUCUGGAUAUACUGGUCAAUGCUAUAUCCCUCAACAGCGCCUAUACUACUAAAAUACUGCCUCCAGAUAAGGAAGGAGGUCUUCCCAAACAAGUGGGCAACAAAACUGAGUGUGGCCUACUGGGACUGGUCCUGGACCUGAAACGAGACUACCAGACCAUUCGGAACCAGAUCCCAGAAGAGAAACUCUACAAGGUGUACACGUUUAACUCUGUGCGGAAGUCAAUGAGCACCAUCAUCAAGCUUCCAGACAGCAGCUUCAGAAUGUACAGCAAAGGAGCGUCCGAAAUCGUCCUUAAAAAGUGUACUCGCAUUCUGAACGAGGCGGGCGAACCCCGUGUCUUCAGACCGAGGGACAGAGAUGAGAUGGUGAAGAAAGUAAUCGAGCCCAUGGCCUGCGAGGGGCUUAGAACCAUCUGCGUGGCCUACCGUGACUUUCCUGCAGACCCUGAGCCCAACUGGGAGGACGAAAACAACAUUUUGACUGAGCUGACCGCAAUAUGUGUUGUUGGAAUUGAGGAUCCCGUCAGACCUGAGGUGCCCGAUGCCAUCCUGAAAUGCCAGCGUGCUGGAAUCACCGUGCGUAUGGUGACAGGAGACAACAUCAACACGGCACGAGCCAUCGCUAUCAAAUGUGGCAUCAUCCACCCCGGAGAAGACUUCCUGUGCAUCGACGGGAAAGAGUUCAACAGGAGGAUCAGGAAUGAGAAGGGAGAGGUUGAGCAGGAGCGCAUCGAUAAGGUGUGGCCUAAACUGCGAGUGCUUGCCAGAUCCUCACCGACAGACAAACACACACUGGUCAAAGGUAUUAUUGACAGCACUCUGGUGGACCAGCGGCAGGUGGUUGCUGUAACUGGUGAUGGAACCAACGAUGGACCAGCUCUUAAGAAGGCAGAUGUCGGUUUUGCCAUGGGCAUCGCAGGGACAGAUGUGGCCAAAGAGGCAUCUGACAUCAUCCUGACAGAUGACAACUUCUCCAGCAUCGUGAAGGCUGUGAUGUGGGGACGCAACGUCUACGACAGCAUCUCGAAGUUCCUCCAGUUCCAGCUGACCGUUAACGUGGUGGCUGUGAUCGUUGCCUUUACCGGAGCCUGUAUCACACAGGAUUCUCCUCUGAAAGCAGUGCAGAUGUUGUGGGUGAACCUGAUCAUGGACACGUUUGCAUCUCUGGCUUUGGCCACUGAACCACCCACUGAGGCUCUGUUGAUGAGGAAACCUUAUGGCCGAAACAAACCCCUGAUCUCCAGCACCAUGACCAAGAACAUCCUGGGCCAUGGGGUGUACCAGCUCAUCAUCAUCUUCACACUGCUGUUUGUGGGCGAGCAGAUCUUUGACAUUGACAGUGGCAGGAACGCGCCGCUGCAUUCUCCCCCAUCUGAGCACUACACCAUCAUCUUCAACACCUUCGUCAUGAUGCAGCUCUUCAAUGAGAUCAACGCCCGCAAGAUCCAUGGAGAGAGGAACGUGUUUGAUGGCAUUUUCAGAAACCCCAUCUUCUGCUCCAUUGUUCUGGCCACUUUCGUCAUUCAGAUUGUGAUUGUUCAGUUUGGAGGGAAACCAUUCAGUUGCUCUCCUCUGGACCUGGAGAAGUGGAUGUGGUGUGUGUUCCUGGGGAUGGGAGAGCUGGUCUGGGGACAGGUUAUAUCAACAAUCCCAAACAGCAAGCUGAGGUUCCUCAGAGGGGCUGGUCAGCUGUCGCAGAAGGAUGAAAUGCCUGAGGAGGAGAUGAAUGAGGACCAGGAGGAGAUCGAUCACGCUGAGAGAGAGUUGCGGAGAGGGCAGAUCCUCUGGUUCAGAGGCCUCAACAGAAUCCAGACUCAGAUUCGUGUUGUGAACGCAUUUCGUAGCUCCCUCUAUGAAGGCUUGGAAAAACCUGAAUCCAGAACCUCUAUCCACAAUUUCAUGACUCAUCCAGAGUUUAGAAUAGAGGACUCCACACCUCACAUUCCUCUUAUAGAUGACACCGACAUUGACGACGAGGCAGCCAGGAAGAACUCCAGUCAGCCCUCAUCUCCCAACAAGAACAACAACGCCAUUGAUAGUGGCAUAAACCUGACGACCGACACGAGUAAAUCUGCUGCUUCCUCCAGUCCCGGGAGCCCGCUUCAUAGUCUGGAGACAUCGCUUUAGCAAUCUCAUGUGGGAGAUCAUUCAAUAAUCAUCUUAGACUCUACGUUUAAAAGCGCUCUGGAGUGCACACAAACGCAGAUCGUGUACUGAUGACUGUACAUGUGGUCGUGCCACAUUCUUUUAUUGAUCGCAUGUACCAUGACUGACUUGGACAAUCGCGAAGUGACUCGAGAAACAAGAUAAGAACCCAUGAGCGAAAGCGCACCGCUCCCAUUUCCUGAGGAAACGUCAGACUAUUACGAGUAAUUUAAACCGAAUUCAGCUAUUAUCGUUGCUCCUGCAUGAAUGUACAUUACCAAGGUUUUUAUUUGGAAACCUUUAUUUUAAUUUAAACUGUUUGAUUUGAUUUGGUGGGAUGUAUGGUGGACUGCUAUUUUAAGACAGCUUAUCUGAUUCAAUGAUCUGUGAGUAUUGUGUGUGGCAUGUAUCUAAUUGUAUAGAUUUAUUUGGUUAUUGAUUAAGGUGUAUCCAGGUCGCAGGGCUCAACUUGCACAGUAGAUUUGCACCUGUCGGAAAAAGAGAAACCCAUGGAAAUUAGAAUUUAUUAAGCGUACAUAUAUAUUUAUAGACAUAUUAUAAAUAUAUAUUUACAGAGAUUAUCUUUAUUUGUUGGCAUGUUGCCUUGUUCUGCUUCAAUAACUACUUUAACUUAUUUAUGUCCUAAAGAGAAUGUAAUUUGUUUACAAACCUGUAGAUGCGUCCUGGUUUCUUUGUAGGGUUAAAAACUUCUUUGUAGGGUUCAAAACCACGCAGCAGACAUAGUUGGAACAGCUCACGUUGUUCAGCACUCCUGUAAUAUCGGACUCUAGGUGUUUUAUUACCAAUUGUGCGCUGGACUUGCCUGCUAUUUUGUCAAAUAAUGUAGAUAUUUUUAGAGGAUAACAAAAGAAACCAAAUUAUAGUGGGAUAUAUCAUUAACGUGGCAUCGUAGUAUGAAAUGAGUGUCAGGAUUGAAGGCUCUGAGCACCCCUGAAAAAAUCCAAUCAGUUUUGAAGGUUUCGGCGAUAAACUUGUGGUCAGCCUCAAAUGUGAGCAUAUAUAUAUAUAUAUAUAUAUA